AUGGACGGCGAGACGACGCCCAGUCCCGGUGACGACGGACGCGCGCGCGCGAGGGGCGACGGCGGCGACGGCGGCGCGAGAGCGAGCGAGAGCGGUGGAGAUGCGCGAUCGAUGCGGUCGGGACGUCGACGAGAACGGGCGGACGCGUCGUCGCUCGACGCGGGGGAGAUGAGCACGACGGAGGACGAAGACAGCGCGUGCGGGUCGGAGAGCUCGAGCGCGGCGACGGGGACGACGGAUGGAAGCGAGAGCGAUGAUUGGGACGGGUCGGACGCGGACGGCGGACGAAGACGGAGUCGACGACGGGAGCACGCGGGUGGGGAUGAUGACGUGGUGCGGGCGGCGAGAACGAAGCGGAGGAAGGCGCGGAAGGAGCGGGAGCGGCGGAGGGAGUCCGGAGGUGAAGCAAAGAAGGCGGUGACGAGUAAAUUCGCGGUGUGCGGGACGGUGUUCGAGGUGGACGCGAAGUACGCGCCGAUAAAGCCCGUGGGUAAAGGCGCGUACGGGGUCGUGUGCAGCGCUCGGGAGGUGGAGACAAAUCGGAAGGUUGCGAUUAAGAAGAUUGUGAAUGUAUUCGAGAAUGUAGUGGACGCAAAGAGGACGCUGCGGGAGAUUAAGUUGUUGAGGCACCUGCGGCACGAAAACGUCAUAGACAUCAUCGAUUGCGUGCGACCGGAAGCGAUGGACGCGUUCGAGGACGUGUAUCUCAUGUAUGAUCUCAUGGACACCGAUCUGUACCAAAUCAUCCGCAGCAGCCAAUCUCUGACGGAUGAGCACUGCCAAUAUUUUUUGUAUCAAAUUUUACGCGGACUGAAGUACAUUCACAGCGCCGACGUCUUGCACAGAGACUUGAAGCCUGGAAAUUUAUUGCUCAACGCGAACUGCGAUCUGAAGAUUUGUGAUUUCGGCCUCGCUCGCACCGCACUCGUGGAUGCGGAGGCGUCUGAGUUUAUGACUGAGUACGUCGUCACGAGAUGGUAUCGAGCGCCAGAGCUCUUGCUCUCGUGCGCCGAGUACACGAGCGCUAUCGACGUCUGGAGCGUGGGUUGUAUCUUUGCCGAGCUACUCGGUCGUAAGACUCUGUUCCCGGGGAAGGAUUACGUGCACCAGCUGAAUCUUAUCAUGCGCGUCAUCGGAACGCCGCGAGACGAUUCAGAGCUCGAUUUCAUCAACAACGAAAAGGCGCGGCGUUACAUCAAAUCGCUUCCGGUCACGGCAAGAUGUAACUUUCGGAAGCUCUUCCCGAACGCGUCGCCAAAAGCGGUGGAUCUCGUGGACAAGAUGCUCGUACUCGAUCCCGCUCGUCGGAUCACCGUGGAGGACGCUUUGGCGCAUCCGUACCUGGAGUCGUUACACGACGAAGUCGACGAGCCGUGCGCCGAGACGCCGUUCACGUUCAAUUUCGAGGAAGACGGUCGAUACCUCACCGGUACGGACAUUCGUGAGCUGAUUUAUACCGAGCUUUGCUCCCUCUCAGAUGAAUUUGAGGUGAAGAUGCAGCAACUGUCUCUUCGCAGUGAUACUGAUUCAUCGACGUUUGCCGUGUAG